UCAUUACAAAUGAAAACCGUGGGAUUUAUAGAGCGUCCCAUCCCACCACGAUGGCAUACAAAGUGCAAGUGCACACGCCCUGGUCGGUCUUCACUGUGCAACUUCCUUCGGAUCAUGGAGAACGUCACCGUCACCGACGCCGCGGACGACGGCACGCCGGCAAUGGAGCUGGCGCGCAAUCUACCGACGCUGGUGGCUCAGCUGAAGGCUCUACGCGAGGACAUGGAGCGCAAGUCCAAGCUCUACGACGCGCUGCUGCACGCGGCCGACGGUUGCGAGCCAAAGGUCGAUCGCCGCGCUGCGUCCUCGUCCUCGCUGGACCAGAGCCAGAGCGGCAUGCGCGGCAGCAUCUUCACGCCGUUCGCGAACUCGCAGCUCGACCCACGGGCCAGUCAGAUGACGCUCGAGGACCUGUCCGCGUUGGACGCAGCACUGGAUGACACUCACUAUUCCAACACUUUGGUGAGUCGCCAGUCGUCGAUUAUGAUGCGACAGCAGCAAAAUGGGUACCGAUACUCUCAACGAGGUCGACCGCAACCUCGUCCGUCGUAUUCGAUGUCCCAAAUGUCAAUGGGACGCGUCGGACCGGACAAGUACACGGUCAUGUGGGUCAGUGGCGAAUGUGGCAUCUCACUCCGUAAUUUUUCACGGAAAGACAAUAAAGUGGGGGCUCAGAUUGCAGUCUUGCAACACGCAGACGGCGUCACUACCGGUAUCAGCAAUUGCAGGCUGGGAGAUCAACUGGUGAGUAUCAAUGAUGAACGAGUGGAUCAUUUGAAAUUUAGAGAAAUCGUCGAGAAAUUGAAAACUACGCGACGUCCGAUCAGUUUGGGAUUUAGAACGAACCAGAAUGUACAGACGUCACCUAAAGCAGCAUCGUCGCCGACCGGCAGCUUUAGCAGCACUAACGGGGCUUCCAGAUCGAGUAACUUCUUUUCACGUGGGUCGUCCAGGUCGAAGAAGCCGUCGCCUUCUACUGCAGACAGACACUCGGUGAGCGGAGGCAGCUACUCCAACACGAACGCCUUCUUCGACGAUGACGAGAGUAGUGAUAUUGUGCACGAGACUAUUGACCAUCCAGGGUAUGGAGACUUAACGAACGCCCCGCUGUCGAUUUCUAGAUCGAUUAGCGCUGAUGCAGUCACCCGGUCCAGUACCGGUGAUGGUUUAGCUAUGGUGGACCGUUCGACGACGACAUCGUUGCAAUCGUCGACGUCCACACUGUCAGAGGACGUUGAGAUGUGGUGCAGGGAGCAGGAGGAAAUGCACAGCGACAUUAUCGUGUUGCUGACGGAGACUGUCAUGCGUUGCGAGAAGCUCCAGCAGGAGAAUCUGGAUCAGCUACAGAACCUAAUGCAGUUGUCUGUCAGUAGCCCACGCCCCAGUGACAGGAGUAGUGUGGCCUCUUCCUAUGUGGGGACGGAGAGAACCAGCAAGCCGGACCACCAAGAUGUGCUAGACGUGGACGCUGUAGCGCCCGCAGCAUUGGCAAGCCCGACUGCGACGUCACCCAAGGCGACAUCACCCAGAGCGUAAAGCGCCCAAGUCACCCGAAAACUUGGGCGAAAAGGCUAAUUGGGUGUGAUUCUGGAGAGCAGGUCCGACAAUUCCUACUUCAGUCUACAUAUCUAUGAUGAGGCGUGCCGUUUUGAUCCAUAGUUCAAGGAACUCGCGUAAUGUAAAUGCGAUCACUUCAACGUAGAGCUUUGCACGGCAUGACAUAGACAUUGAGGAAGGAUAAAUAUCAUCUACCUAGUGAAUAAGAACUUGCAUGUUGGUUUAUUGACGCACCGG